UGUCCACGGGUGUCGCCUCUGAGUGGCUCCCGGGGCCGGUGUCUCCUCCGGCGGUGCUGCCGUGCGAUCUUCAACACGCGUGUCCGCCGGCUUCGUUCCGCUCCGCUGGGGCGGCGCCGCGGUGUUGGAAUCGCAUUCCGCGGGUCCAUGAGGGUUCGGCCGCUCUGAGGGAGCCCGAGUAGGGAAGGCCAAUUCCAGGAUGAAAUGCAAAGCAUUUUUGCGGGUUGUGUCUAAAGAGUUCAUUGAAGACUUCCUGCGUUACACUCAGAAUUCUAACAAUACACUUGAUCAUUUUGACUUGAAUGAGCUACUUCAGGAAUUUCCAAGAAAGCAAAAAGAAGUGCUAUGGCAGAGACUGACACAGCUAUUGACAGAGAGCCUGAUGGAGAACCCUGUGGAAACAUGGUACAGGAGUGGAGAUGAUAAAGGUGAUGAUGACAUGGAAGUUGAGAUAGUUCCAGAAAUGAAACAAACUGUAGCAGUGAUCCAAGGAGUGGUAGCUGUCGUUACUGCUUCCAUACCUGCAGUGGAUGAAAAUACGAACUACAAAGCUCUUGUAGAAUGCGUUUUUAUACUAAACGGUAUUCUUCCUCCAUUACCUGCAUCUGAAAAAAUCCUACGUGACACUAUCCAAUGCAUGUGUCAGAUGUGGUGGGAGAAGGGACUGGAAGGGAAGGAGCAGCUGGGGAAGACUCUGUUUGUCAUUCUGCUGAGAAAAAGCCUGAAUAAAGCUGCUACGGGUGCAGAUAUAGUUCGUGUAUGGAAUCUACAUCAGGCAUUACUUUGUUUUGAUUAUGAUUCCGAUGAGAGUUAUGAAGUCAAAGACUUGUUGCUUCAGUGUUUUAUGAGUGUAAAACACAUUAAGAAAGAAGAGGGAAGAAGACUCUUGAGUUUUUUGUUCAGCUGGAAUGUAAACUUCAUUAAAAUGAUACAUGGAACCGUUAAAAAUCAAUUACAGUUCUUUCCAAGAUCCUUAAUGGAAUACAUUUCAGAAGUUUACUUCAGGGCUUGGAAGAAGGUGUCAAGAGAAUUCAUAGAGGUACUUGAAUAUAACUGCAUUCAGGAUUUCAUGCAUCAUGGAAUUCAUCUUCCCAGAAGUUCUUCUGUUCAUUCUAAAGUUAGAGAGAUGCUGAGUUAUUUUCAUAAACAAAGUAAAGUUCGUCAAGGAGUUGAAGAGAUGCUUUAUAGAUUGUAUCAGCCCAUCCUCUGGAGAGCACUGAAGGCCAGAAACUCAGAAGUUCGAGCAAAUGCAGCAUUUUUGUUUGUUGAUGCUUUCCCUAUUCGCGAUCCCAGUUUUACUGCUGAAGAGAUGGACAGUGAAAUUCAGAAACAGUUUGAAGAACUUUUUAGUCUCUUAGAAGAUCCUCAUCCAGUUGUCCGCUCUACAGGGAUACUUGGAGUUACUCAGAUCGUAUCCAAAUACUGGGAGAUGAUUCCUCCAACAAUUCUUGCUGAUCUAUUAAAAAAGAUAACUGGAGAGCUGUCAUGUGAUAUAACAUCUGCUGAUGUUCGAUGCUCUGUUUUUAAAUGCCUACCAAUAAUUUUGGACAACAAACUAAGUCACCCACUCCUGGAACAACUCCUGCCUGCAACCAAACACAGUCUUCAUGACAAUUCUGAGAAAGUGCGAGUGGCUUUUGUGGAAAUGCUGCUCAAAGUGAAGGCUACCAAGGCUGCUAAGUUCUGGAAUAUCUGUCCCAUGGAGCAUCUCCUGUCUCGCCUUGAAGCUGAUUCAAGGCCGGUGUCCCGGCGCAUUGUGAACCUCCUGCUGAAUUCCUUCUUCCCCACUACCCAGCCCGAGGAGGUGUGGUGUGAGCGCUGUGUCACUCUGAUCCAGAUGAACCCAGCAGCAGCCAGGAAGUUCUAUCAGUAUGCUUAUGAAUUUACUGGCCCCACCAAUAUAGCUAAAUUGAUGCUCACUAUUCGGCGCUGCUUGAAUGCCUGCAUCCAGAAAGCAAUGAAGGAGAGUCUUCAUGAUAGUGGGGAUGAUGACGAUGGUGAUGAUGAAGAACAUGGAAGUGAAAGGGAGAACAGCAGUGUGUUGGAUAAUGUGUUGUCAGUAAAUGAUGUGGCCAGCAUGGCAAGCUUGUUGGAGAUCACUGUAAUACUCUGGAGAAGUAUCCACAAAGCACUAGAUCACAAUGAAGAUGCCAAAGAUUAUGCUAUCAGGAAGUUUGCUUCUGUACUUCCUGAAUAUUUUAAAGUAUUUCAGGAUGAGCGGUGCAUGACUCCAUUGGUUAUUCUGGCAUCCUUUAUGCCCCCUGCUGCUAUUCCUACAUUCAGCUGUGGUGUGGUUUCCAGACUCAGAAAUAUUGACAGUGGAGCUAACCAAGGCAAAUAUUCUAUCCUGAUCGACUGCCUGUGCCGCUGGGGUCAAGUGGGGCACAUUAUGGAACUAGCCUGCGAUUGGCUGUCUGACUCACUCACCCCAACAAAGAAUACUAAAACAUCUGAGCGUCGAGUACGUAUCCACGUAACACAAGAAUCAAAGCCAGACUUAGCAAUUGACUACAUUGAGUAUUUAUUGACUCAUCCUGUCAAUCGUGGUUGCCUCCUUUCUGUUCCUAAAAAGAAACUGAAGAACCUUUUGAAAAUUCUUGGUGCUGCAAAGCGGGUUCUUGGCUCAAUUCUGAAAGGAACAGAUUCUGGUGUCUGGAAUCAAGCAACCAGCCUAAGAGCCUUCAGUCUCUUUUGCAGAUUGAGUAUUCAUCUUCAGCACAAGUUUUCUGAAGAAGGAGAAGAUUACCUUUCACUUCUGAAGGAGACAGGCGCUUGGAUAGAAAGUCAAGUUGUACCUUUUAUACUAGCAAGUGAUCAAGAGAAUGGCAUUUCAAAACACAGUGAUGUUUCUGAAUUAAUUAUCCAGGCCUACCUGACAGUGUGUAAAGAUGUCAUAAUGGUGGGCCUGGGAAAUGUCACGUUUCAAGCACACCUUUUAGAAAUGACUCUUCUGAUUAUGCAAACAGAGAGAGGUGGCUUUUGUGCUCCAGUGUUGCUGUGUACGCUAAAAGAAAUUAUUGAAGCUUCUUUAAAUCAGAAUACUGAGACAGAGGAGGUGACAAACCUUUUCCACACUCUACAGAACGUCUUUCAGAAAAUUUUAGAAUGUGUGGCACAUAGACUUAAGAAAGAACAGGAAGAAGGGUUUCAGUUGAUUCACUCUAUUCAGAUGCCUCUUGGAGAAUUCAUCCAUUCACUGCAGUGCUGGCAUUCCUUGUUCCCAGCAGUUCACCAGGGUAUACUCUCCACUCUCUUGGCUUCAAUAGUAGCAGAGAUAAAUUAUGUGCUACAGAAGGCUUCCAGUGAAGAAGACUUGACUAUGCCAAAGACUAUUUCAGACCUUCCUCCUCUUUCAAGCAGUUUAAUGGCUAUAAUUUUGAAGUCAGUUAAUGUUGUCAGGUCAAUUUUAAAUGAAUUAAUGGAGUACAUUCUCUCUGAAGGAAUCGAAGGGAUUUUUAGUCUAACAGCUACUGUCUGCAUUGUGAAUAUAAUUAAAGGUGGUAAGCACAAAACUUCACUUCUAAAGGAUAUUGCACCUGCCAUUCAAAGGAAAUUGAUAGUAUGCAAGGAUGCUGCCACAGGAGAAUUCAGCAGUGCUGAAAGAUUCCUGUAUGAAUCAUCUCUGAAAAUUUUGGAUGAGUUUUUGAAUCCUUGAGCACACAGAAGCUUUUGUCAUGAAAAUUGAAGGAAGAUGUAUUGCUUUUUAAAAAACUUGUAUUGUAAACUUGUGAAUUGUUUAAGAUUGUUUCAUUUAAAGCAAGCAAAAUGUAUAAAAAUGUAUAGAAGAAAUUAUGUAAUAGUACAGAUUUUUCAACAGCUGCAAAGUUAUUAUUCUGUAUAAAAAUGUCUUCUUGGGGGGAGUGUAAAAACAGUAUUUUUGUAUCUUUGUUUUUGUAAAACAAAUAAAAUUGUAUCAGAGAUACUCUUGAGACUGAGGUCAGUCCCUGGGAGAACUAGACCAUAUUUCUAAGGGUUAUGGA